CAAUUUGUUAAGGAAACUAUCCCCAGAACAGUCAUGUCCCGUAUCGGUGAUCAAUUGAUUGAUCGAUUACAGCCUUGACUGCCUGCUCUGACUUCCUAUUAUUAUUAUUAUUAUUAUUAAAACAUUUUACAGCAGCUGUACCUCAGAAUCAGAGUCUACUGAAUCGGGUCCGACACCAUGCUAGCCACAGUGACUGCUGUGGUUAGGUUUGCUCAGUACAAUGGCAGUACUUCACCUACACCGUUGGAGAACACAUCAACAUUCCCAACCUGGCAACCUGAUACUGAAGCCAACAUCUCAAAGCCUCACAAAUGUCUACAAGUUUUGUACGAGGACAUUGGAGACUCCAGGGUGCGGUUCUGGGACAUUUUACUGCUCGUGCCAAAUGUGGCCUUCUUUGUAUUCCUGAUGUGGAAGCUGCCCUCAGCCAGGGCAAAGAUCAGACUCACCUCCAGCCCCAUCUUUGUCACCUUUUACUUGCUGGUGUUUGUGGUAGCGGCGGUUGGAAUCACCCGGGCCGUAGUGUCCAUGACUGUCAGUGCGUCCAGUGCUGCUACGAUCAUCGAUAAAGUGCUGUGGGAAAUCACCCGUUUCUUCCUGCUGGCGAUUGAGCUCAGUGUUGUCAUCUUGGGACUUGCUUUCGGUCACCUGGAGAGCAAAUCCAGUAUAAAGCGAGUGCUCGCUAUCACUGCUGUGCUGGCUCUGGGCUACUCCAUCACACAGGGCACUCUAGAGAUCCUGUAUCCAGACAGUCACCUGUCUGCUGAGGACUUCAACAUCUACGGUCACGGAGGACGGCACUUCUGGUUGGCCAGCUCCUGCUUCUUCUUCCUGGUGUACUCUUUGAUUGUGAUCUUGCCUAAAACUCCAGUGAGGGAGAGGAUAUCUCUUCCAUCUAAGAGGAGUUUCUAUGUGUAUGCUGCCAUUCUGUCUUUACUGAACCUCGUCCAGGGACUGGGCAGUGCCCUGCUAUGUGCUGGAAUCAUAGAGGGACUCUGCUGUGUCGAUGUCACCACCUUCCUGUACUUCUCCGCCUUUGCGCCGCUCAUUUAUGUCACAUUCCUUAAGGGCUUCUUUGGUUCUGAGCCCAAGAUCCUGUUCUCCUACAAGUCACAGAUGGAUGAGCCGGAUGAAAGUGACGUCCACCUUCCCCCGACCGUCGCUACAACCAUUGGCCGUAAGGAGCUCACUGACCAGGGCCUGUUCUACUCCUCCACCCAGAUUGAUGGCUCUGGUCCCAGCAGCUCUCGUAUGGUUGGAGCAUACCUAGAUGAUGUUGCCUCCGGACCCUAUGGGUCCAGCAGCAUUAACAGCAUUGAAGCCGACCGCUGGAGACCUAUCAACGCAUGAAUGAAGAGGGGAAUGGAAGAAGAGAGGUUGUUAUAACAGCUGGACUUACAUGUUGUGCGUGUGUAAUGCAGGCUGGCAAAAAAAAUGCAGAACAAAGUAGUUGGACAGCAAGAACGGGUAAUCUUUGUCUUGCUUUGACGCCAGGAUAAGUUAACGAGUGGACACUUAAGGAGGUACCUUUGCUAGCCAAUUAUCUGAAGGACUGUGAAUUUAGCAACUGCUUUUGUAACACUGUUGCCAGAGUGCACUGCUGCUGUAGCGCCACACUAGGAGUACUGUCGUUGAUUGUGGCACCGUAUGGAUUCUGUUCAACGUGCUCUUAAAUGUGGGAGCUUACUGACUCGUCUCAGUACAAUUUUUGUCAUUCCAGCAUCGAGCAUUGACAGCGUAAUCUCCAACAAUUAAGUUUUAACCCCAUUUUAAGCACCCAAGUCUUUGAAAUCUUACAUUCUUUUGAUGGAACCUCAACAUCUGUUCAUUCCAACUAAACGCUUUGAGUGACAGCAUCUCAACUCGCUUUAUACGCAGCCUUCUAUUAGAUCUGUGACUCAACUGGCUGGCUCUCUAGAAAGGGCACCAACAAGUGCUGGUUAAUUUUGAUUGGUGUACUGCUUAUGAAAAAGGAACAAGUGAAAGGUGUUUGUGUGAGGUGUGUCACUGCAAUAUGAUAAGCAAAUCAUUAAUACCUUUGCAUUAAUGCUUCAGAUCCCAAACCACCUGUAACGCUCUCUACCAGGAAUGGCUGAGACACCAGAGCUAUAAGCUUGUUAUCUGUCAUUUCUGUCCUCUUUAAUUUAUUUUGGACUUUUGCUUUAAUUUCUUAUUCCAGAGUAAUCAUUCCUGCAACUGAAAGCACAUUUGUUAGCUUCAUAAUCAUUUAAAAUGAGUUAUUACGUGUGAUAUUUGAUCAACAAACUUUUUUUGUGUAUUCCAAAUUAGACAUGCUCUCAUUCCAUAUCAGCAUAUCCAGUUCAGCUCUGAUUGCUGCAAAAGGGUUGCUGUAACAAAGCUUUUAUUUUUAUGCCAAUGUCUUUUUUCCCCCAAAAGUGUUAUUACAAGUGCUCAAAUUAGACCAUAAUGUAUCGCUAAAUGUUAUGGUAUCAAAUGAUGGUAUUGAUACAGUGUAAUUAUAUAGAUUAUAACUACAUACUAAGAGAGGCUCAGGCAACUGGUAUGUCAAAGACGGGUCAUUAUAAGACGGUGUCAAGAGAAAACUACUGGACUGUGGCAGAGCAAAUUUUCCACUAUUAUCAGAUUUGGACUUGAGUUAUUUACUUCUUUGUUCAGCUCAUGAAUUCAGUUAUUUCACAUCUCUUAGUAUUAAUACAAUAUCCUACUUAAGUCUUUAUGGACCACCACUCAUCACAUGUAUGUAUUCUUACCAAGAAACUAUGAUGUAUGUGAGUUUCCCCCUUAAAAUGCUACAUGUUUGGUAUGAAUGGAUUGCUGUAUUUAAGCUAGCAGUAUUCAUAGAUAGUGGUGACCUGUAUGCAGAAAAACAUAGAGAUACCUUUUAUUUUUUCAUCAUUUUAAAGCAACAGCUUCGUAAAGAAGUGUUGUAUAUCCAAGAAAUUACAGUAUUUGCCUGACUCUUAGAAAUAUUAUAUAUUCAAAUUUGAGUGCUGGUGAUAACUGCUUUAUAACCUGGUUAUAAAGUUAGAAUGGUGAUCGGGAAAUCAGUUUUGCUGAUUCAUGACAUGGGUUGACAAGGUGCAUCGUUAUGGAAGUCCUCUCUCUCUCUCUCUCUUGGUAGAUUUUUGGUGUUGAAAUCUUUUUGCAAAUGAUCUGUAAAUUUGCCUUUUUAAGUGCAUUGAUUGUAUAAUAUUCAGCCCAUAUUAAUGCAAUGUAUUGAGCAUUCCGUGACCUCCAGAAUAAACCUUGGACUCUUU